AUGGACGAUUUCUCCGGCCUGUUAGCGAGAGACUUCGGAUUAAAACCUCAUGGCAAAUCUGCUCCGAUGGCGCCACAAAGCAACUCUUCUACCUACAGCUUCACGAACGCCUCAUCGAAGAAGUCCGAUUCGUCGCCGGUAUUCGACGAUCUGAGUCGCGACGGUAAUGAUCUUCUCUUCAACGAUAUAUUUAGCAAACCCUCCGAUUCUCGUUCUCAGCCGAAGGCAUCUGCUCCCGCCUUUGACUACGAUGCUAUGUUCAAGGAGCGGGCUUCACCCAAAUCGUCGUCCAUACCGGUUUAUGAUAAGCCGGUUUACGAUGAGGAUGUGUUUGAGGCUAUCCCUGAGCUCAAAAUCCCAUCGACUUCUCAAUCUGCUCGGUUUGACGACGUUUACUCUUCGAUUUCGUCACCUACGAAGCUCAGGAAACAGAACAGUUCUCCUCUCGAUGAUCUGAUUGGGAACUUGGGGAAACGAGAAAAGGAAUCAAACAAAACAGAGAGUGAGAGAGAGGAGAAGGGUGGCUCCGCUUUUGAUGAUUUGAUUCCUGGGUUUGGUCGCAGUAGCUCCCCUGCAACUAAACGGCCAACUUCAGUGACAAGUCCGCCCCAGAAGCCUUUUUAUCAGACAACCGAGAGAUCUUCAAAUCAUGUGGAAGACCCAUUUGUAGUCUUGGAGGAGUCUGCAUCAACCCCUAGAGAACCUUCCGCAGGAGGGUUCACUGAUCCAUUAGAGGAAAUUGGUAAAUUCAACAGCAGAAAAAGUGAUAAUGCAUCUGUCCAUAAGAAAGUUUCAUAUGAUGAAGUUUUGGAGCCGUCCAAAACUGUUCCUCAUACUGCUUCUCCGGUGUAUGAAGAUCCUCAUUUGUACAGGGACAAUUUGGCAGAGAACAAAUCACUCUAUUCAGAUGGAAGUUUUGAAUCAUCGGAUGAUGUGUGGCUCACUGUAUCUGAGAUCCCCCUAUUUACGCAACCUACAGGUGCUCCUCCACCUUCUAGGCCUCCACCACCAAGACCUACACGUCCUAUAAAAAAGAAUGUUAACGAGCCUUCUUUAUCAAGUUCUACUAACCACUCACACGUUCCCAGCCCAGUUAGAGCUUCUGUAAAUAGCCCGACAGCAUCUCAAAUGGAUGAUGUGGAAGAUUUUUAUAUGGUAAGAAAUCAGGCUGCUGCUAAUGGACAUCCCGAGCCUCCGUCGGGCGAAGAUGUUUUCAUUUCAUCAGCUGAUGCCAUGAAGAUUGCCAUGGAAAAAGCAGAAGCGAAGUUUAGGCAUGCCAAGGAAAGGAGAGAGAAAGACAAUUUGAGGGCGAGUAGAGGUAGAGAAGGAGAUCGAAUGGAGAAUAAUGAUUCUCGGGAAAGGGAAAUUAGAGAAAAGCAAGCAAGGGAGGCAGAGAUUGAAAGGGAGAGAGAGGAAAGAGAAAGAGAGCAGAAAAGAAUUGAGAAAGAAAGGGAAAGACUGUUGGCUAGACAGGCAGUAGAGAGGGCUACAAGAGAAGCACGCGAACGAGCAGCCAUUGAAGCACAUGCGAAAGCUCAGAGAGCUGCAGCUGUUGGGAAGGCAACCGAUUCCCGAGAACGCUCAGAAAGAGCAGCGGUUCAAAGAGCUCAUGCUGAAGCACGUGAACGGGCAGCUGCUGGGGCAAAGGAAAAGGCUGCGAAAGCUGCAGCAGAAGCUAGGGAAAGGGCGAAUGCUGAAGCGCGGGAGAAGGAAGCUAGGGUUAAGGCAGAACGAGUUGCUGUGGAAAGGGCAGCUGCAGAGGCACGUGGAAGGGCAGCUGCCCAAGCUAAAGCUAAACAGCAAGAGAAUAAUAAAGCUAAGCAGCAAGAGAAUAAUAAUGAUCUUAACUCCUUCUUUAACUCUGUUUCCAGACCAAGCAGUGCUCCACGACAGAGAACCAACCCUCCGGAUCCUUUCCAGGAUACAUGGAACAAGGGAGGAUCAUUCGAAUCUAGCAGGCCAUCUUCGAGAGUGCCUUCAGGACCAUCAGAGAACCUGAGAAAGGCCUCUUCAGUAACGAAUCUUGCUGAUGAUCUCAGUUCAAUAUUUCGAGCCCCAGCUACUCAGUCCGGUGGGUUUCAAGAUGUUGAAGGAGAAACUGAAGAGAGACGGCGUGCCAGGCUGGAACGCCACCAGAGGACACAGGAGCGGGCUGCGAAAGCACUUGCUGAUAAGAACGAACGUGAUCUUCAAGUGCUAAGAGAACAGGCUGAGAGAAAUAGGAUUGGUGAGACUCUGGAUGCGGAGAUAAAACGUUGGGGUGCGGGGAAGGAGGGAAACUUGCGUGCUCUGCUUUCUACGUUACAAUAUGUUCUUUGGCCCGAGUCCGGUUGGCAGCCUGUUUCACUGACCGAUUUAAUCACCGCUGCAUCGGUCAAGAAAGUUUACAGAAAGGCCACUCUCUGUAUACAUCCUGACAAAGUUCAGCAAAAAGGCGCCAAUCUCCAGCAGAAAUACGUUGCCGAGAAAGUGUUCGACAUGCUCAAGGAAGCAUGGAACAAAUUUAACUCAGAAGAACUUUUUUGA